AUGUUUAGAAAAGUCAAGCGGAGAACAGACGGACGCCGUAACUUCGAUGAGAUCCAGGCUGGCGAGCCCGGGUACCGUCGUCUGGGCAGCAAAGGGUUCAAAGACGACCUUUCUAUAUAUCCCCACCGGCUGUCCUUCUACAAAGUGCCUCCCUUUGAGGAGAUCACGCUGGAGGAGUUUGAGACCUGGGCGAUUGACCGACUGAAGGUUGUUCUGGAGCUUGAGUCGUGUGUUAGCAGAGGCAAGUCGUUCAAAGAUAUUGAAAUCAUCAUGAAACCGCUGUUGUCCAAGCUGUUGCCCAUGAAUUUACCCAACAGAGAGUCGACGUCUCUGUAUUUAGAGCGCAAGAAGGACCAUUACUCGCAUUUCAUUCUCCGACUGGCAUUCUGUCGCUCCGAAGAGCUCAGAACGCGCUUUAUACGCGCCGAAACCUUGCUGUUCAGACUCAGAUUCAAUAUGAUGUCGAUUCAGGAGCAGAAGGAUUUUGUCGCGUCUCUCGAUCUGCCGUGGGAGACCGUGUCUGAGGAGGAAAAACAGGAGUUUCAGAGCGAGUUGAUGGCCUGUUGCUACAACACGGCGCGGUCGAUUUUGACGCAGACCGUGGAAUACCAGCGCACGAAGAAGGUGACAGAGGAACAGGUGAGGGCGUUUCUGGCAGCGGAGAAAUUCUACAAGAUCCCGUUUGAGUUUGUCCCGGAGCUAGUCUCCACCAGACAGUCGUUUCUGCGCCGCGGUAAGGCGUUCGUCGCACAGUUCCAGCAACUGUCGCUGAUUUUGACCGAGUUCAGCAAACAUCUCGCAGAGCAGCUCAAUGUCACGAUGCGUGCUCUUCCGACGCUGGACGAGGAUGACCGGCUCAUCCCAGUACUCAACAACCUCUCGCGCGGGUACGCCUCGAUGGACUACCACUCGGAACUUGUCGGCUCUGAGACAAACGACGGGUCGGUGAGUGCGGAGAGCGUUCCUAGUCUGACGAAACAUAUGCCGCUGUGCAUGAAUCGGCUUAUGCAGGGCGUUAUGGCCGACCAUCACCUGAAAUACCAAGGCAGACAGCAACUGUCACUGUUUCUGAAGGGCAUUGGGCUGAGUGCAGAGGAAGCACUGCGGUUCUGGCAGAUGCAGUUCACGUCCGGGCCGGGGUCGAUGUCGAUCGAGAGGUUCAACAAGGAGUACAAAUACACUUUCAGACACAACUACGGUCUGGAAGGUGGACGCAUCAACUACAAGCCGUGGGACUGUCGCACUAUCCUGAGCAAGCCGCGUCCAAGUAAGAACGAGUACCACGGGUGUCCGUACAGGGACCUGCACCGCGAUCAACUGGCCGACCAGCUGCAGAAGAUGGGCCUGGACCAGGGUGCCCGGCUAGAUGACGUUUUGGAGCUCAGCGACAGGGGCGAGUACCAGGUUGCGUGCACCAAGGUGUUCGAGCUGGUGCACAGAGAAAAGAUCGACACAAUGCUGAAGAACGGCGACACGGUGGACGAAACGUCGAUCACGCAUCCUAAUCUGUAUUACAGCCGAUCCCUGUAUUUAGAAUCCAAGUAA